AUGAAGAGUUUCACCUCCGUCCUCGUCGCCGGCUUUGCCGCCCUUGCCCAGGCUGUUCAGCUUACCAACAGCGACUUCGAUGUCAAGGCCGGUGAGGCUUUCACCAUCACCUGGUCUGAUGCCCAGGGACCCGUCACUCUCACCCUGAAGAACGGCCCCAGCACCAACCUGGUCACCGUCUCGACCAUUGCGUCUGGCCAGACUGGUACUUCCUACAGCUGGACUCCUUCUUCCACUCUCCCCACCGACCAGUACGCCAUUGAGAUCUCCGACAGCUCUAGCACCCCCAACUACUCCACGCAGUUCACCAUCACCACCGACGUUACCGCCUCGGCCUCGGUCUCCUCUGCCGCCUCCACUGCCUCGGGCACUAUCACCACCACCGUUGCUGCUUCCACCAUCACCACCUCCGCCUCCCUCACUUCCACCUCCGCUGAGAGCAGCUCUGCUUCCUCGACCGCUAACUCCACCGCGGCUUCUACUGUUUCUACCAGCACCCGUUCUAGCACCCGCACCAGCGCCACUGGCGAGUCCACUACUUCUCCCACCACUGUCCCCGGCAGCGACUCUGUCCGUCUUGGCUCCCCCAUUGCCCUCAUCGGCCUCACCAUCGCGGCCAUGCUUUACUUCCAGUAA